AUGUCUUUGUCCGCUGGUGAUGCUAAAAAACGUGAGGAAACGCUGAGAGCAAAUAACUUUCAAGACGACAGUUUGUGCACAGAUGAGUUCGAGAUCAUCUCUUGCGACACAUUAGGUAAUGGUGCCGCUGACAACAAUGACGAUACCGUUUCUCAGUGGACUACUAAGCACAGUAUCAACGUCGAGUCAACUAUUCCAAUGAAUAACCUUGCCCAUAUUUUGUGUUCAGCACACUCAGAGGUUCCAUCGCUUACUUCAGGAUCUACUUUCAAAUCUGUAGCCGAGAAUUUCGACGGGGAAGUAAACGGGCAGGACGGUCAAAAUAAAACGCAAAAUAACCGAGAUGAAACUGCUAUCCUUGUUGGUACAGUUAACUCAGCAC